AUGAAGGUGAGGUCUCAUACGAAUUCACUGAAGCCCAACUUGGUUGCUCGGAAACCACCGGGCCCUACUCUGCCCUCUUUGAAGACCCCUAGCCUGGCACCUUCCUCUGUGAGGACUUCUGGCCCCCCUCCAUCCUCUGUGAGGACCCCUAGCCUGGCACCUUCCUCUGUGAGAACCUCUGGCCCCCCUCCAUCCUCUGUGAGGACCCCUAGCCUGGCACCAUCCUCUGUGAGGACCCCUAGCCUGGCUUCAUCAUCCACAACACCGACACACAUCUGCCAGACAGUUUCACCUGAGCCUGCAGCGUGUGUGCAACAGUCAGAUGCAGCUGGUGAUGCAGGACCUGGCUGGUUGCCGAGUGAGAUGAGGAAGACCAUUCCUGUACAGGACCAGAGAUGGAUGGGAAAUACCCUCUUUCAUGCCGGCAAAGUGCGCCCAGAUUUCAAGUUGUGGUAUGAGCCUCCUGUACCAGCCCUCAUCUACCACCAGGUACCAACACCCGAUCAUUUUUUUACCCACCGGCUUCUGGUGUGGAUGCCCUAUCAUCAGUGGAAAGUUAGGGUGUUCUGCCAAGCUUGUGGGAAGCAUCUUACGGGGGCUGGUGUUCCACCACAUGCUCCUGCUCUGUCUCCCACUAAAGCACCCCGAAAACUGACCACAAACGCCCCCCGUUGA